CGAAAAUACACUGCUUUGUUUUGGGCUACCCAAAGCAGAUAGGCCUACUGAGGCAAGCUUGUAAACACGCGGUUUGAGGAACUCCGCCAGUGGAGAAAGGUGAGAAAGAAAGUUCUCAUCUAACCAACGUUGAGGGUGAAUUCAAGGAAGGUGCAAAGGCGAUCAUAUUGUAACAUCAUCGACUAAAUUAUAAACUCUGCCUUACAUAUUUCCUUGUUUCUCGUACUUGUGCAAGACUGGAUGCCAGCGAUAUUCUCUGUAUUCCGUUGCCUUUACUUGACGAAAAUCGAUUUCUGGGCAAAUUUUCAGGUAAAUUUUCAAUCGUUGGACUUUGAAAUACUAUAAAAAAUAUCUCUCCUCAAGUUAAAGCGUAUAGUGCUUGAGUGUCUUCCAUUUCGAAAAGACAUAACAACAUCAUAAUUUGAAUACAAUCUCAAGCAUCUCUGUCCUCUAUACUUUGUGGUUUUUUAAUACGCAGGAAUUCAUUUUUCCUUAAGGAAAUUUGCGCUCCUAGAUUUAUCGCAUGUCUUAAUAGGCUUGAAAAGCCAUCGGAGCUUUUCAGUUUUUUGUUUUUACGCCACAGAGCAAUUUUAUUUAUUUUUCAGAUUAUAGGAAAGCUGUACCCACAUAUGCGACUCACCCGCAAAAACCGCACAGUAAAGCCCUGAGAACCGAGUCGCAGGUAAGUUUGUAAUCAUUGCGGUUAGAUGUUGCGUUUUAUAUGUGAAAAUAAGGCUUCACAAUUUCUUUAACCCUCAAAAAUGUCGAGAGACAUUGCGUGAUUGGGAAACAAUUGCAAUUUGGUAUCUUUUAUGACAAAACAGCGUUGAUGGCAUUAUUUCUUUUAUCUUCAAGGCGUGAGAGAGUAAGAGUGAAAAACGGUAUAUGGCAAGUUGUUGUUUUUACGAUAUUGCGCGAUAAAGUGAAUUCAAUUUUAGAAACGAGACGUUUGCGUUCGACAUUUUUCUGAAAAAUAAAGAAAGCUUGGAAAAAAAAUUAAAUUGAUGAUUUGGUGAUGUACAUCGUAGACAAAGGGGAGAAUUGUAACCGCAUAUUGAAGUUCGUGACUGAUAUAAAAUUUCAAAGAAGCUAUUUUUGACCAUGUUUUAUCCGGAGGGUGUUUUUACGACAUAUCUGAUACUCAAAAAUCAAACCCAUUUGCAGGUUUUAAAAACACCUGAAAGCCUCGGUUUAUCGUCAUGAUUUAAGUGCUGGCCAUUACAACGGGUUCUUUUUUUUUCACCAAAACUACCAAAUGUGCAUUUAAAAAUACAGGUAGAAAAAAAUUAUCUACAAUAGUCUCUUUCAAUUUCAUUUUAUUCUUUGUUUUAUAUUGUCUUUAUUCUGAUAUUUUGACAGCGAAAACAAUUGCGUCUGUUAACCGUGAAGUUAAUGAGAUAUUCACUUUUUUUUUGCAGGUCAAUCAAUAAGCGUGAUUGUCUUUCAUCUCAUAGGAAAAACCCACAAACGGAACGUGACUUAAAAAUGUCGGAUCUUUUCUGCUGCAAAGAUAGCGCCGGACGAUAUGUUUUCAACAUCUUUUUUGUGUCCCUGAUUGGCGCUGUGGUGAUCUUAUUUCUCGUUCUUGGCGGUUAUUUAUUCUACAAAAGAUACAAGAAGGCGAAAAAACGAAGAAGACUAAUGUACAGGAGCCGAGCAAACACAAACAACACGAACACAAACAGCACUGUCUUGUCAGGUGCUAGCACAAGUGAGCAAAUUGCUAUUUCAAGCAAUUUUAUCCUGGGUCGGCCUCCCGCCACAGAUGUCGUGCUCGGGGUUUACGGUGACGAGGCUUCGAGAAACGCAAGGACUGCGUUUUAUGAUGAGAAAGGUUGGAGAGGAUUUGCUUACUGAAAAAUAUUUUACUUUGCUCAAGGAUGAGAAGUUCAAAGCAUCUUUCUUCGGGCCAUUGAAUUACUGAUGAAUUAAUGCCUGGCACUCAGUCUGAGUCAAAAACCGAGUCAGUAAGUUCUGUGAAGGAAUGCAACUCUACCCUCUUCAAGAAAACCAAUAUUCGAACAAAAGGUAUUUACUGACACAAAAACUAGCCUGUGGAACUCAACUUAGCAGGCACAGUUACCAGGUCGCUUCAAUGUACAGCCUCAAGCUAAAUGGCCCGUGAUCAAGAAGUCUAAACAUCUGUCGUUUCCUUAAGGAAGGCUGGCCCAGUACUCUGCGUCAUUUGAAACUACGCACCCACGGAAGCUUUUUGAAAAGAUAUGUCCGCCUGCAAUUUCAGACAGUUUAAGUAUAACUUCAUUCAGACAACGUUGUGAAGGGCAGUGGCUUCACGUAUACCGUUAACUUAACCUUUCUAGCACAUUCGUUUAAUACCCUUAGCGUACAAUAUAUAGCUGUCUUCUCUUGCUUACUUUCAAAGCUUUUUAAGUGUGGAAAAAAUCACACACACCAUAUUUUGAGUAACUUUCAAACUGGAAAAAAAAAUCGCGCCCGACUAAGUUCUUGCUCAUCAAUACAAAAGAAGAGAGAAAAGAAAAUUCCAAUAUGUAUGCCUCAGAAAUUGCUCAAACUUAAGUAUUUUAUUUUCCAUCCACUAUACAAGAUAGUAUUAUUAAGAUUCUCCUGAGACGCUAUUUCACAGGCCUUCACAAGGCCAAAAGUAGCGAAAAAAGAUGACCAAGAUCGAGUUUACAACUGACGUAGCAUUAGACAAGACCACAAAUCAACAACAACAAAUUCUAGGGAAUUAACCUUAGGUUAGAAAGCAACAGCAAGAGUUUCCAAGGCAAUAACUUCCGUUAUUAAACAACUGCGAGAUUUGCAAUACUGGGCUCUAGUGAACUUUUCUUGAAGCUCACGCACUAGACGAGGGUUCCAGACAGUUUAAGAGGGUACUUGUACAGCAAUAAAAUCAAUACUAAUGAAAUGGAUUAAUUAAUUAACCCUGCGAAUUUGGAAGUAAAUUCUGUAGGAUUUUUAUGUAGGUUUUAUAAGGAUAGAUUACCAAGCCAUUCGUCAACAUACCUACCAAGGACAAAAACUGUUAAAUAUUUGACGCUUUCCAAAUACGAAAGGUAACGAGUUCAAAGUCGAAUAAACGUUUAACAUUGAAGUAUAGUCAGUGAUCAUAAUCAGAUUUGCUCAACAAAUGAUCAAUAAAGCUCCUCGUUAGAGACUUUAUGGUGUAAGUACUUAGAGAAUGUAUUGGUUUGACAAGGAAAAGUGGGGGCAAUAAAAAAAAUAUGAUUAUGGGCAACCCGAAACUACUGACAAAAACCUGUUAAUGUAAAACGUCUUAGUAAAGGUAUCUUUAUAGGGGA